GGCGCCGCAAAGUAUAAAUACUGUGACUUCAAUAGAGGAUCACCAGCAGGUUCCCAACUCCGCUACCAAAGGAGGAGGAAUUGGCUGAGAAGAUAUAUCUUCAUAUAUUUUUUACCUUUUGUCCAGAGUUUGGCUGCAUCACCUUGUAUCAUUUUCAAGGGGUCGACUUUAAAAAGAGCCGCACCACUGAUGUCUUAAGCUGUCGUGGAGCAAAGGGAGAGUGUGUGAGUGAGUGAGUGAGUGAGUGUGGUGUGUGUGAUUUUUUUAAAGAGGAGAGGAAGGAGUGAUGGAAGAGCUCACCGCUUUCGUGUCUAAGUCUUUCGAUCAGAAAGUGAAGGAGAAGAAGGAAGUGAUAACCUACAGGGAGGUGUUGGAGACCGGGUCGACGCGAGCAGGGAGCAGGGAGUCUUUAUCUGCGGAGCCGGGGAGCCGAGAGGAGCCGGCCGCCGUUAACCGGAACGUUGCGCUCUCGCCGGGCAGGGAAACUGACAUGCUCGGCCCGGAAAGAAUCAGGGACGCCGGGAGCCCCAAACUCAUUGACGGCACCACGGAUGUAAAAGAGAGAAAAGAGGACUCGAAGCCCAUUGAAGACGAGACACAAACUAAAAUCAAACAGAGGAGAAGUCGGACUAACUUCACAUUAGAGCAGCUCAAUGAGUUGGAGCGGCUCUUCGACGAAACCCACUACCCGGACGCCUUCAUGCGGGAGGAGCUUAGCCAGCGACUGGGACUGUCGGAGGCCCGAGUACAGGUUUGGUUCCAGAACAGAAGAGCCAAAUGCAGAAAGCAGGAAAACCAAUUACAUAAAGGAGUCCUGAUUGGAGCAGCGAAUCAGUUUGAAGCCUGUCGUGUAGCGCCAUAUGUCAACGUGGGGGCUUUACGGAUGCCAUUCCAACAGGAUAGUCAUUGCAACGUGCCGCCCUUCUCCUUUCAGGUGCAGGCGCAGCUACAGCUGGACAGCGCCGUGGCGCACGCGCAACACCACCUGCACUCUCACCUGGCGGCGCACGCGCCCUACAUGAUGUUCCCCGCGCCGCCGUUCGGCCUCCCCCUGGCGACGCUCGCGGCAGAGUCAGCCUCCGCCGCCUCCGUCGUGGCCGCCGCCGCCGCCGCCAAGAACACCAGCAAAAACUCAAGCAUCGCCGACCUAAGACUGAAGGCCAAAAAGCACACGGCCGCGUUGGGACUGUGACCCCUCCUCCCUCUCCCCCCUUCCACUCUACUCCACUUCCCUCACCUCCCCUUCCCCCAGAGAGACGUUACAGGACACGAGGCGCGGACGCACUACGGAACUUGCGACUGAGAGACACUGAACUUUAACGCUUAUAAAGUGUGCGGGGAAAAAAAAAAAUCCAAGGACAAAGUGAGAGAAAAAAAUUAUCCGUGGACGUUAUUUAUGUUUUUAAAACGAAGGACAACGAACAUGACUAUUAAAUAUAGGCUAUUUAUGAGAAAAAUAAAAGGGGACUGUGACGUUAUAGCCUACCCAGACGUGGUUUUUGACGCCAAAAAACAAAAACAAAACAAACAGACAAACAAACAAAUAGAAAAAGAUUUUAAAAAUACAAAAAAUAAAAAUAAAAAAAUGGCGGAUGGGGUGGAUAGCAAGGCUAUACCCACCGCCUUCUCUCAGCAGCCACACGGCUGAGGAGGCCGGCGGGACACCUCGAGGAGCAGGAGGAGGAGGAUGCAGCUGGGUCGGUUAAUACUUUGUCAAACAAGGCGAACCAUUCUGCAGUUGUUUUGAUCUGUUUUAUUAUUGUUAUGUUAUUAUUAUUAUUUCAGUUUGAACCUAUAUAGAGGCUGGCCUCGUUAUAUUUCCAAACCAAUUUCUCUGUGUAAGGACAGAGCGGGAAUUCUUUGACAAACAACAAACAAACAAAAGAGAGAGAGACAAUAAUCGAAGUGUUUUUCCCUCCUCUGUUUCCUGUCCAAUUUGGAAAUGCCUCGGCAGUGUUGUGCAUGAGUAUGUCUUCAAGGAUGACGUGACGUGAGCCCCAUCUCCCUCCCCUCCCUUUCUCUACCCCCCACCUCCUCGACAAAGGGCAACUCUCACUUGAAUGUCUGGCCCAUCUGACCUUGUUUGGACCUCCUCUGGUAAAGGUGAAACGGGCGACACACCAGAAAUGUGAGAUUGUAAAACAUGUGUAGGCUAUGCUGAACUUUCUGUUAGGAUAACCCGAUCUGCUGCCCAUAUUCACAAGGCGAUCUGUGCCUCCCUCCCAGCCCCCCUCCUCCAGCGCUUUAAAGGAGGGCGUAUUGCCAUGAAUGCCAUCUUUUUGGCAGUGAACAAACAGAGAAAUUACAGCAACACGAAGACUGUAUUCAAACCGGUACGGGCACGUGUAAAAUAUGUUUAUAAACCAGACACAUGCAUUAUUUUAUUAUUUAGUGGCUUCAUGAAUGCCUUGUGUGUGGGACGGGGUGGGGUUUGUUCAUUUUGUAUUUUACUUUAUUUCCGUGUAUUAAAAAAAUCAUGUGCUUUCUGUAUGUAAUUUUGAUGUUUUUAUAAACAGUGAAAGUGAACUCACCUGAGGCACGGGUUUCUACAAAAGUAAAAACAAGCAAACCAAAAAAAAAAGUUUAAAAAAAUCACGAGAUUGUUUAACUUUUUUCCCCCCAUCACAUGUGAAACUUGGAUCCACCUAAACAAAAGUGUUUUUCGGUCAUAUAAUAAAUUAACAAACGUUUCUUAAA